AUGCUCGACAAGCCGCGUCGCGCCCAGAUGACAGAGGCCUGCACUGGGACCCUCUACGGCGACCGCGCAGCCGCCACUGUCCGCAUCGCCGCCCUCGCCUACGUCUCGCUUGUCUCGCGGACCAAGGACCGGACGGUUCUCGUCGACCUCGCCUCGCCCAGCUCGCCGGCAGCCUGCGUCGUCGCAGUCCCAUCCAAGCUUGUCCGCCGUCUCACCCGCAAGUACGCUCGCCCGUCGUAUGCGACCCCGUUCUGCAUCUCACUCGUCAAGCUCACUCCGACCAUGCGCAAGCUGCCCGGCAUGAUGGCCUACGAGCUAGCUCUCCGCGCAGAGCUCCUCGAGCGCAACGCCUACCGCAAGUUCUCCCGCGUUCCGCACACGACCGACGCCACCCUCUUCUCGCUUCGCUACGGCUCGCUCUUCACCACCCGCCACCGCCUCCGCUUCUUCACCCGCGCGUCAUCAAGCUCCAGCUCGCCCUCACAAGCUCUCGUCAUUGCAGGCUUCCUCGGCGUCUACCUCGCCGCGUUUGUCGACGACGCCCCAGUCCACGAGCCCGCCCAAGACCACCCGCUCCACCUCGCACCGUCGUCGCUCAACGUCCUCCGCCGCACUCUCUCCGAUGUCGAGCCAGGUGCCACUCCGCGCUCUAUCGAUACCUCGCGGCUCAUUGAGCUCCCUAUCUCGCGCCAAGAUCGCCUCGGUGAGCUCGGCUACGAGGCGCUCUGCGUCUGGGAGCCUGACAUCGAUCUCAAGCUCCUCCGUGCCCCGACACUCAGCGCCGGUUCCGAGACAGCAUCGGGCCCUGCCGGGCCCAUCCGCAUCAUGCUCAUUGUCGACGUCAACCUCUACCCGCUCGCCACCCCAAUCCGCUUCAUCAAGCCGCUCGCCAUCGACGUCGACGAGCACCGCGCGCCCCUCGGCCCACCCUCGCGCGCCGCCAUUCCCAUCGGCUUUGAUACCCUGCACGAUCGCCUCAUCCAUGCCUCGCCACCGAUCAACGUCAUCAAUGCCGACCUCGCUGUCUCGGCCACAAAAUCCGCCGGCAAACUCGCAGUCUCCCACCUCCACCGCCGCCUCUGUGCCACCGACCACCACCUCUGA